GUUGUGGGAUUAUUUUUCCACGUGUUAGAAACGGCGACCGUGAUCGCGAUGCUGAAUGCGUUGAUCUUAACAUUGUUUUUAUUUCGAGGUACUUCACAUAAGCGGACAAAUCGAUAUCAUGUGUCAAGAGUUAAGAGAAAUUUCUUCCACGAGUAAGCCUUAUUCGUUAUCCACCAAGUCGCUGAUAACGAGACAUCAAAAGAUUAUAUUAUUGUCGAAUAAUGUCGAAAAUUUUUUCUCAUUCGUUGGUCUGUUGCAAUUUGUAUGGAACACUUUUGUUAUUUGCUGUAUAGGAUUUAUGGCGGUGAUAUCUUUGGAUAUGAAUACGGAAGGUAAAUCCGGCGUAAUAAUACAGUUUAUUAUUCCAUCUGUCGCAGUAACCAUAGAAGCUUUCGUUUUCUGUUUCGCUGGCGAGUACCUAAGUACAAAGAGUAAAUCCAUCGGCGAUGCAGCAUACGAGGCAGUUUGGUAUGAUUUAUCCACUAGCGAAUGCCGAGUUUUAUUAUUCCUGAUUCUAAGAUCGCAAAAGCGAUUGACGAUCACGGCUGGGAAAGUCACGGAUUUGACACUGGAAGCUUUCACCACUGUCAUGAAAGCUUCGGCUUCAUACAUUUCGGUCUUGCACGCGAUGUACUAAAACUCAAAUCAAUGUAUGCUGGUUAUACACAUAUUGUCAAAGUGAUCACGAGUGAGGUAGUGAUGUACAUAUGUAGAAAAACUAAUAUAGAGAGACGAUUAAUGUUUAUCCUG